GGGGAUGCUGCAGAUAGUCUAGCGCCCUCCCCUGUCCUGCGCGGCUGCGCGCCUUAUCCCCGCCACGCUCCACCUCCGCCCCACACGCGCAAGCGGCGGCACCAGUCCACCAUUCUCCUCUCGAUCCGGGAUCCAAAUCGGCCGCCUCAUCGCGACCCUCUGUCUCCAUCCGCUCCGGCGUGCCACCCACGCAGGCUAACGUCUGGGCUCCCCUCCUUAUCGCCGGGCUCCGCAUCGCCAAUAGUCUGAUGGCGCCGCAGUUGCAGGGCUGCAACUGGAUCUCCUCCUGGCCGCGGCUCCAGCAGAUGUCCCCUUGGCCGCCGCGCUCCUCCGAAUCGCCGCGGUGGAGCUUCCUGCGUCUCGCGACGCGCCGACGCCCCUGCGCAGGCGCGGUCCGCGCCGUCGCGAGCGCGGGCGCGGUGGGAACCGAGCUCCUGGAGAUGGAGGAGCAGGCCGAGGACGUGGACGAGAGGGAGAGGCUCAGGCGGACGCGGAUCUCACUGGCGAACAAGGGUAACACGCCAUGGAACAAGGGCAGGAAGCAUAGCCCAGAGACGCUGCAGCGAAUCCGUGAGAGGACCAGGAUCGCAAUGCAGGACCCCAAGAAAUCGGAGUUAUUGAACAUUGGAGAAUUCUAGCUUUUUUCUCGGUGUCUUUGUCAAUCUGCACUAUGAUCUGGAACCACAUAUGAUGUUGAUGUUUCAAGCGCAGGCACCAUGUUCAUCCAGCAAAUAUUGCUACAUGUGAACAUAGGCUAUUGCUGCAUAACUGAUUAUACAUUUGAAAAAUGUUUACCUUGCAUUUCUUAAGGUGGCUUUGGCUGGGUACAGGGUUCUGGCUAGUGUUAAUUUAUGUGAUACCAGUAAAUGUUGCUACUUAUCAACAAGAGUGCUUUUUUCAACACAACUAGCACAAAUUAACUGGGGUACUCUUUACAGAUAAAAUUGGGUAUUCUUUGUAGAACAACGAAGCAAAAAAGAUGACUCGUUUCCUCGUCAUACACUCAUAUUUAAUUAUCUGUUUUAUUCUCAUAGUUCAUUUGUAAAGUUGUCUAGAUAAUUAAUGUUUGAGUUCUGCAGGAAGACAUAACUACAUAUAAUUUCUAUUGUUAUCUUUUGGGGGUACCAUGUGCACUAACACAUACUGCAUUCGUGGAUCUGUUUAUUAUAUUGUGCAGGUUAAGAAAAAGUUGGUGAAUCUGGGUCAUGCACAGAGUGAGGAGACACGGGUAAGGAUAUCAGUGGGGGUGAGGCGAGGUUGGAGUUUGCGUCUACAAAAACUAAUGGUCCAGGAUGGUUGCUUUGUGGAAUGGAGGGACAUGGUAGCUGAUGCGGCUAGAAAGGGUUUUGCUGGUGGAGUUUCCCUUGAAUGGAAUUCAUAUAAAAUCUUGAGUGAGCAGAUGCGGCAUGAUUGGUUGGAGAAUCUUCAGAAAAGGCGAUCAAUGCCAAGGCCAAGAGGUAAUAGACGAGCACCAAAAACUCCUGAGCAGAGGAGAAAAAUUGCAGAAGCCAUUGCUGCAAAGUGGUUGGAUCAAGAAUAUCGUGAACGAGUUUGUAGUGGAAUUGCUAGCUAUCAUGGAUCAUCUUCUGCAACUAAAACACCGAGAAAGCCAAGACCUGCUGGAGAACCAGGUGUAAAGAAACAGACGACAAGGAAAAAACCUAUGCAAGCCAAACCUGUAAUUUUAGAGGAUGCUCAUGGAAAAAGUGCAGCUCUUAAGAGAAAGAAAAGCGCAACUCCCUACAAAGAUCCGAUGGCAGUUGAAAAAUUGGAGAUGAUAUCAAAGAUUCGAGCUCAAAGGACAGCACAGGAAAUAGAAAAGAAAGAAGCUAUUAGGAGGGCCAGGACACUGAUUGCAGAAGCAGAAAAGGCUGCUGAUGCUCUGGAAACUGCUGCAGCGAUGAACCCUUUUGCCCAAGCAUCACUUAUAGAGGCUAGAAAGCUUGUUACAGAGGCAAGAAUAUCACUUGAAUGUGUUGAUGAUGAAGAGCCUCAAGAAACUGCUUCCAAUGAUGUGUCAGGGAGCUCAGUGUUACUGAACUUGCACGAUCACCGUCAUGGACUGGAGAUGCAGAAUGGAAGUAAUUUGUUGAAGCAAGAGAAUAAACCUGCCAAUGGGAUGGAAUUUCCUCCAAGCAGUGUCAAUGGCCUCGCUUUCCAUCUUGAUGUUUCUGAACUCAGCGGAACAAAGCAACUAUAUCAGAGGAUAGAGAAUUCCAUGGAAAGGGCUUUUCUUCUCCCUUCGGCUUCGUCAAAGCUUAAAAGUGCGAACGGAGAUUAUGGAAUAAUAGAUUUACAUGUGAGGCAGUCGAUGGUCGAUGACACGGCAAAGCAUAAAGGCAUCACAGCUGAAACUUGUCCUCCAGGGACACUAGAGCUAGAAGAAGAUCCUCCCAGUCCCAGGUCUGCAGAAAAGGCUGGAACCAGGGAAGAUUACCCUGGGGGAAAACCGGAAGAAGACGCACCCUCAUCGGAAGAAAAGGCUAGGAUGAGGUGGGUACGUGGGAGGUUGGUCAAGGUAAAAACAAACGGACCUGGGGAUUUAGAAAUCUAGUAUUAGGCAGCAAAUCUGGCCUAGAUACCGUUGACAGGCAAUCGAGUUUGCUCACUUCCAUUUAGCCACCAUUUUGUAUGCCAUUCGCAUGAUUUGGUGUUUACGACCUGCACCUGCUCGAUGGGAGGAACCAAGUAUAAAAUGUACUAGCGUUGACAGGAGUGGCGUGGUCCUGGGGAACUUUACUGAUUUGCAGUCUACAGUGAACGUGCAGGAGCGAGCACAUUACGAUCACCCUGUUUUCCUCAUAUGCGUUGAGAUUGUAGUUGUGGUAGGUAAUAGGAGCUGGAUCUUUUUUUCUUGUAAGGCCUUGUUCGGUUAGCUCUGGAUUGCGGUGAUUUGGUGGGUUUAAAUCCCAAGUAGGUCAAACUCCUUAAUUUUUUCCAAUCACAUUCAAUUCAUGGGUAACGGGAUUAAGUUGUAGUCGACUGUGAAAGCAUGAUUCGAGGAAGUCUGGAAAAAGAAACAUGCAAAUGGAACAGUAGCCUGGUCA